GACGUCAUGGCGACAAAAACAUUUCAAAGAAAAAUGGAGGCUUCACCAUUUGCUAAAGAUGAACUGGAAUUUCGUCGGAAUUUGGCUUCAAUGCGCGAAACCGGAACAUUCUGUGAUGCGACCAUCUGCAUACCAGGGGAGAAGAAAAAGUUCCCUGUACAUAGAGCAGUAAUGUCAAGCUGCAGCGAGUUCUUUCGUUCGCUUUUCACAAAUGGUCUUCAAGAAACGUUACAGCACGAAGUGAAAAUUCACGACGUUACUAUGAAAGCAAUGGAAGUAAUUAUUGAUUAUGCGUACACAAAAGAGGUUAUCAUAACUUCAGACAAUGCCGAAGAAAUAUUUGCAGCUGCAGAUCGUUUUAACGUACUUGGUCUGCUACAAGAGUGUAUAGACUUUUUCUCUACAGAAAUUUCACCAGAAAAUUGCAUAGGCUUCCUUCGCUUUGCAAGGUAUUACAACAACAUAGACCUUAAAGGCAUAUGUUGGGCUUACAUUACACAACAUUUCAAUGAUAUUGUUGAAAAAAGUCAGGAGUAUGUGCAUCUCGAUACAGACGAACUCGGAGAAAUUAUUGCAGACGACAGGUUGAAUGUGAAGGUAGAAGAUGAAGUGUAUGAUGCCGUUAUGAAAUGGGUUGAGUUUUCAUUUAGAGAAAGGAAAGAACAUUUUAAAACUCUUCUCGACCGUGUUAGAUUUCCAUACGUAACAGAAGAGUGUUUCAAAGACAAAAUUGUCAAUCGUCGUGAUUUAAAACGUGGUCCUUGUUGGGACAGAAUUUCUCUUUCAUAUAACCUUGUCAAGAAGUUCCGUUCAUCAAAAGAUCCAACAUUAAAAUCGCGGACAAAAGAUCUCGCGAGAUGGAUAAAACCGAGAAUACCAAGCAGCAUCAUAUUUGUAUUAGGUGGAUGGGCAAAAGAUGGCGUGACCGAUUCGGUAGAAACAUACGACAGAAAUACCGACCAAUGGUUUGAAACUCACGAAUGUGAACUUCCCCAACCAAGAGCGUAUCACGGGACAAUUACAUUACGCGAUAACGUUUACGUUGUAGGUGGUUUCAAUGGGUCGCAAUAUCUAAAUAGUGUGAUUUGUUUCAAUGCUUCCAAUAAGAGAUGGGAGGAGCGAGCACCUAUGUAUCAAUCUAGGUGUUACGUCAGUGUGGUAGAAAUUGAUGGUGUUAUUUACGUAUGCGGAGGCUAUGAUGGAAGACACAGACACAGCUCAGCGGAAAAAUAUAACAAGGAAACUAACCAGUGGUCUAUGAUUACACCUAUGUACUAUCAGAGAAGUGACGCCGGGGCUACAAACCACAAAGGGAAGAUGUAUGUUGCCGGGGGCUUUGAUGGUCAAACCUGCCUGUUCUCUGCAGAAGUCUACGAUCCUCGAGUUGACCAAUGGUCGGUGCUGGAACGCAUGUCCACUCGCCGGAGCGGGGUCAGUCUAGUAUCGUGUGAUGAUAAAGUUUACGCCAUCGGAGGAUAUGACGGAUCCAGAAGGCUAGAGACAGUCGAGUACUAUGAGCCUCCCCAAAGACAUUGGUAUUCGUCGAAAAGUAUGAUCCUUGGGCGGAGCAACUUCUCAAGUGUCGUCAUGGACGGCCUGGUCUACGUCAUGGGCGGAUAUGACGGGGAAAAGACAUCGCCGGAAGUCGAAUGUUUCAAUCCUGAUAAGAAGACAUGGUACGCAAUGAGCGACAUGAACAUUGGGCGAAGUGCUGUUAGCGCUUGCGCAGUGAGGGACAUUUACAACGCUCGUGACUUCAGUUUUCACGGUAAUGCAAACAUGUGUUCUACAUUGGAAACAAAACUGAAAACGCCAACAAAAGCAGCAGAAAACGUUGAAUUUGCGAGCAGGUUCUCGAAGUGGAGGAAGUCGCCUCACUGUAACAAACUCAGAGAUUCAUUUGAAACGAUGAUUUAAAUAUUUUAUCUCUUAGGUGAGCAGAAACUCCGAUUUAAACCAUUUUCCUAUUGAGCUGUUAACUGACUAGACAUUAAAGGAAUAUUAGUUUUUUUACUUAGGCUAAGACUAAAAACCCAAUUUCAUUUUAGUUUUGACCAGAAAUCGCACGGAACUCUUUUUAAACCGUAUUGGUACAAACUUUUACUUGAUUAUAAAGAGCUGAUACUGAAUAUCAAAAUUAAGAAAAGUAAAAUCACUACUACAAAAGGUCAUUGAGCAACCUGAUCAUACCCGAUAUGCAACCACGCAUGGUACGAGUCUGAAAUUAGACAAACUACAACUAGGUGUAUCUUUAAAAUCCACUAACUGGUUUUUCCGAUCUUUAAGGUAGUGAACUCGUAACGACACUCGGCAAAUUCCGUAUUCUCCGUAUGCUGUUACGGCAUUCUUCGUUUUUUUUACGGAAAGCUAAGUGCGCGCUGGUCUUAAGUUACAUCUAAAAAAUGCCAAACGACCUUCCGAGAAUACGUGACCACACGGAAAUUACCGAGUAUCAAUACAGGUACACUUCCUUAAAUUAGUCAGACAGGACACAUUUUCGCAUUUAUAACCAUCUCCAAAACAUCUAUAAGCAUGCAAUGUGAAAUUCUUACAUAUACCGCUAUGCAAAACUAAAUUUAAAUUUUGUCUUUUGGUACGUAAUAAUACUUGUCAAAUCAUGACAAACACUUCUUUUUAAGCUUUAAGUGCUUUAUUGAACACUAUAUUUUGCAUUUGCAUAUAAAAUUGUAAAAGCAAUGAAAUAUAUAGAAAAUAAAAUAUUAUUUUACAG